AUGCGCUUCGGCAAGACCCUCUCGUCGUCCGAGUACGACCCAUGGAAGGACAAGUACCUCGACUACGCCAAGUUGAAGAGCAUGCUGCGCGAGGAUGACUACGGCAUGGAGGACGGCUCGUGGACCGAGGACGACGAGACUAGGUUCAGCGACGAGAUCUUCAACGUCCAGCUCGGCAAGGUCACCGAAUUCCACGAGGCCAAGUUCCGCGAGCUCCGCGAGCGCACCGAUGCUGCCUUCGAGAAGCUCAAGGGCCUGCCCACGCCCUCUCCCACGAGUGGGCAGGGCAGCAGCGGCGAGCAGGGGGAGGAAGAGACCGCCGCGGCGCCCCGCAGCGACGACACGACACACGCGCUGAAGGAGCUCGAGGCAGAGCUGGACAGGAUCACGAAUCAUGUCAAUGAGCUGAAGAGGUAUAGUAGCCUGAACUAUACAGGCUUCUUGAAGAUUGUCAAGAAGCAUGAUCGCAAGCGGGGACUGCGCUACAAGAUGCGCCCCCUGAUGAUGAAGAGCCUGUCGGAUCGGCCGUUCAACUCGGAGCAGGCGUAUGCGCCCAUGAUACACAGGCUGUCGCUGGCAUACUUCACCGUCAAGCAGCAGCUGGAGGAGGGCAUCAGUGAUGAGCUGUUGGCCGACCUCGAGGGAUCCAAGGGCUUGCAAGAGACGAAGAAUGGAGAGAAGUACUCGGCACACAAGUUCUGGGUACACCCUGAUAACCUGCUCGAGGUCAAAACUUUCAUUUUGCGCCGCCUGCCGAACCUGGUGUACAGCGAUUCAUCGUCGAAGGAGGUCGACAGCAGCGAAGACCCUAGUUUGACCUCGCUCUACUUCGACAACAAUAAAUUUGACCUCUACAACAAGAAGCUGAAACGAGACGCGGAUGCAUCGUCACUGCGGCUGAGAUGGUACGGCUCAUUGAGCUCGUCGCCACAGAUCUUCCUUGAGCAGAAGAUCGUUCACGAGAAUGGCAGCAGUGAAGAGAAGAAGUUCACUAUCAAAGCCAAGUACAUCAAGCAGUUUAUCGACGGCGAGUACCACAUGGAAAAGUCCAUUUCGAAGAUGGAGGCACAGGGCCACAGCGCCGAGGAGGUCGCCAAGUUCAAGUCCACUGUGGAUGGGAUUCAGGAGUUCAUCAAGGAGCGCAAGCUGGAGCCAGUGAUACGAGCGAACUAUAAGCGUACGGCGUUCCAAAAGCCUGCCGAUGAUCGUGUUCGCAUCUCCAUAGAUACGGAUCUGGGUUUCGUGCGAGAAGAUACACUGGAUCCGCGGCGGCCAUGCCGUGACCCGAACGAGUGGCAUCGGCUGGACAUCGAUAACAGAAACUUGGGCUACCCUUUCAGCGAGAUCAACCAGAGUGAGGUGUCUAGAUUCCCCUACGCCCUCUUAGAGAUCAAGCUGAAGGAGCACCCCAGCCGCAAGAGGCCAGAGUGGAUCGAGGAUCUGAUGACAUCCCACCUGGUCUACCCGGCACAACGCUUUUCGAAAUUCGCCCACGGCAUCUCUGUGCUCUUCGACGAUUAUGUCAACGCUCUGCCUUUCUGGCUUAGCGACCUGGACAAGGACAUCCACAGGGAACCUCUGGAUGCUUUCGAGGAGGAGGAGCAGAAGAAGGCGAGGCGGGCCGCAGACGAAGAGGUUGUGGGAAGUCUUCUUGGCAACAAGAUUGGCUCGUUUGUGCCGUCUAAGAGCUCGCCUGUGAGCAAGUCAUAUCUGGCCGAGCGUGUGGCAACAGAGAAUGCAGCCGCAGCGCUGUCACCGUCCCUGCCGGCCGAGUCCGCUACGAGGCAGAAUGGCGAGCUUUCUGAGGAACGAGAGACCGGGCAACAACAGCAGAGAAGCUAUGGCACCAUCAUGCCCAGCUUCUCCAUCUUAACGCGCUAUGCGCGGUUCCAACAGCGCCGGGAGAGCCGCGUCAUGCCCGAGGGCGUCGUCGAGCCCGAGGUGUGGAUAAAAAACCAGGGCGAGCUCAAGGUCGAGCCCAAGGUUUGGCUGGCCAACGAGCGCACCUUUAUGAAGUGGCAACACAUCUGCGUGCUCCUCGGCGGCCUCUCCGUCGCCCUUUACACAGCUGCUGGCGCCGGAACAGACCUGCUCCCUCUGGCCAUGGGCAUCGUGUAUCUGGCUAUUGCUGCUUUUGCAGGCAUAUGGGGCUAUGUGAUGCACAAGCAGCGCCGGGACAUGAUCAUUGAGCGCAGCGGGCGUGAUUUUGACAACCUCGCCGGCCCAAUGAUCGUGAGUGUUGCUCUGGUCGUGUCGCUGGUGCUGAAUUUCAUCUUCCAGUACCGCGCCGCUGUCAAGAAGCUGGAUGCCGCCGAGGCUCUUACUGGUCUCAAUGCUAGCAUCAUCACGGACGAGCUACUGAGAUGACGGAGAAGUCUAACGGAUUAAAGGGGGUUUGGCGUCUCAAGGUCUAUGUGGCAUUGGCUGGGGGCUCCCCUCCAUUACGUCUUGCAUUUUUUGAGCCAACGUUUGCUCACACUGGAAGCGCUUUUGUAUGCUCAAUGGUAGCAUUGGAUUCGGCGUGUGGUUUAUUUGAGUGUAGCUUUUACCAAUAGAUUGUAUCAACUGAGCGAGCCC